GUGAGGUCACGUGGUUGGUCGGUGGGGAGGAGAGUGACGCAGCUAUUACCAACACAAUCAGAAAAGGUGUUCGGUUCCUGGUGGAAAUAGUUUUUAUCUGCUGCUGCACUUCACUGAAACUCUGAUCCACCAGUUAUAAAGUCAAAUUAUAGUUCUGGUUUUAAUUUAUUUACAGAUAAAGUUUUAAUGAAGCAGACUAAAAUAUAGCCAGAAGAAGAUUUGUAUGAGAUAAAAGCAGCGUUUUGACCUUUUCAUUCUAAAUAAACUCGUUUGGAGCGUUUCUUCAUGUGCGUAAUAAAACCGGACUCGUCGCUGCUUUGGCGUCUCUUAACGUGUCUUCAGUCAACAUUCAUCAGUCACAAUGAAAAUCACCGAUAAAACCCCAACAGAGUCUCCUGCUCCACGUUGAGGUGCUGCGUCCGUCUCCGUCCGAUGCGUAAAAGAGAACCGGUGGACCGGAGCAGCACCGGCAGCUCCGCGCGCUCUGACAGAAAGAAGCAAGACGGCGAGAGAAAGUGAUCUGAGGGAGGAAGGGAGAGAGUGUGGGAGGGUGGGAGAGCCCUCCCCCCCGCCAAAUGUCUCGAUGGAUCAAAUCCUUCAUAACCCGAGUCCUCUCCAGCUUUGCGACAAAGUGUCCAAACCGGACCGCGGAUGUUCCCGAUCAGAAUGACGGGAUGAGAUCAGAUUAGACGUUUAACUCUUCGGUUCACUGAGUGGAACAGUUAAAGUCUGAGCAGCCAAACACCCUACGGAGCGCUCGGCUACAUGUGAGAGUCUGCCGGUCCUCCAGCGCACUCCACGCCUGCGCCGGUGAUGCCAUGCCGCGGAGCCACACCGGCGACGACAGCGGUGGCGGCACCGGGCUCUGGCUGAAGACCUCCACGGGACGCCGGGCGCAGGACUACCCGCUGAAGGAUGUGGAGUCCGGACGGAGGACGAUGAACAACGCGGUGCGUGUCGGGGACGGGCUGCUGGCUCCCCCCGCGGCAGGUGCGGCGGCGGAGCGGAAGCAGGGCGCCCGGCUCAGCCUGCUGGGGAAGCCGCUCACCUACAGCGCGCAGAGCGGCCGCAGGAACGCGCGGUACCGGCGGCUCCAGAACUACCUCUACAACGUGCUGGAGAGACCGAGGGAGUGGGCGUUCGUCUACCACGCUUUUGUGUUCAUCCUGGUGUUUGGAUGUCUGGUUCUUUCUGUGUUUUCUACAAUCCCUGCUCACCAGGAGUUCUCCUCACACUGCCUGCUCAUCCUGGAGUUUGUGAUGAUCGUCGUGUUCGGCCUGGAGUACAUCAUCAGGAUAUGGAGCGCCGGCUGCUGCUGCCGCUACCGAGGCUGGCAGGGACGCCUCCGCUUUGCCAGGAAGCCGUUCUGUGUCAUCGACAUCAUCGUACUCAUCGCCUCGGUUGCCGUGGUUUCAGCCGGUAGCCAGGGCAACAUCUUCGCCACGUCUGCGCUGCGUAGUCUUCGCUUCCUGCAGAUCCUGCGCAUGGUUCGUAUGGACCGCCGGGGAGGGACCUGGAAGCUGCUGGGAUCUGUAGUUUACGCACACAGCAAGGAGCUGGUGACGGCCUGGUAUAUCGGCUUCCUGGUGCUCAUCUUCUCCUCCUUCCUUGUCUAUCUGGUGGAGAAAGAAUUCAACAAGGACUUUGCCACCUACGCCGACGCUCUGUGGUGGGGCACGAUCACCCUCACAACCAUCGGAUACGGCGACAAAACUCCCCAGACGUGGACUGGACGCUUGUUAUCGGCUGGUUUCGCUCUGCUGGGGAUCUCCUUCUUCGCCCUUCCAGCUGGCAUCCUGGGGUCAGGGUUUGCCCUGAAGGUGCAGGAGCAGCAUCGACAGAAGCACUUUGAAAAACGAAGGAACCCAGCUGCCAGCCUCAUCCAGUGUGUCUGGCGUAGUUAUGCUGCUGAUGAGAACUCGGUUUCCAUUGCUACCUGGAAGCCUCAUUUGAAGGCGUUGCAUACCUGCAGCCCCGCCAAGAAAGAGCAGGGCGAGACCACCUACAGUCAGAAGUUGAGUUUUAAGGAGCGUGUUCGGAUGGCGAGCCCUCGAGGUCAGAGCAUGAAGAGCCGCCAGACGUCCAUCAACGACCGCCAGCGCUUCCCCGGCAACGAGGUGGUGGGCAGCGGCGAGCUGAUGGGCGGGAGUCCGGCGAAGGUCCAGAAGAGCUGGAGCUUCAACGACCGGACCCGGUUCAGGCCGUCGCUGAGGCUGAAGAGCCAGCCUCGCACUGCCGUCCCAGAUGUGGACGCCGGCAUGGCGACGGAGGACUCGUUUGAUGAGAGAGGCUGCCAUUGUGACGUAACGGUGGAGGAUCUGUCGGCCGCCCUCAAAGCUGUCAUCAGAGCCGUCAGGAUCAUGAAGUUCCACGUAGCGAAGAAAAAGUUUAAGGAGACGCUGCGUCCGUACGACGUGAAGGACGUCAUUGAGCAGUACUCAGCAGGACACCUGGACAUGUUGUGUCGCAUCAAGAGCCUCCAGACCAGGGUGGAUCAGAUUCUGGGAAAAGGCCAGAUUCCCGUGGAUAAGAAAAUGAGGGACAAACUGCACCCAGAUGGAGACUCUCUGGAGGGCAUGAGCAUGCUGGGACGCGUAUGUAAGGUGGAGAGACAGGUAACUUCCAUCGAGUCAAAGUUGGACUCUUUGCUGGACGUUUACCGCCAAGUCCUGCAGAAGGGCCCGUCGGCGCUCACCCUGUCCUCCCUGCCCCUGUUUGAGCUGGACAACCAUCAGCACCACAGCUCCAGCUACCAGACCUCCAUCAUCGGCAGGGACCUCCCCUCCCCUCAGGGCGGAGACCCGGUGCGAGGCGGAGGAGACAACAACGCCGGCAUGCACCGCUCCCUCAGCGCCAACCCCAGAGGCCUGAGGCUCAUCCUGGCGCCCGCCGACGACGACGGUCCUCCAGACUCAGCGCCUCCAUCCUACCCUCCAUCCACAGCCUCGCUCUCCCCGUCGCCCCUCCUGCCCCCCGACAGCCCCUACCCCACCCUGAUCACCCCCAAUAGUAACUCCAAAAAAGCACAUUUCCCCGACCUGCCGCCACCGCCUCCCUCCACCGGGAGCUUCACCCUCCAGCUGCCCCCCAUGGUGCACCCGUCUCACCUCCGAUGCCCUCCCGAACCCGUCCGAGACGACCUGCCAGAUGAGGUGGUGGCGGAGGAGGGCAGCCUGGGCCCCGCUGUUGUCGUGGGAUGCAGCGUGGACCAGAAGGGGGACGGCGAGGUGGGCUCUGUCCGGGGAAGGGUGCAGCUGCGGGAGAAGGCGAGCUCGAAAGCUGAGGGGGUCUGGAGGAGGCACAUGAGCCUGGAGGUGAACCCCCUGCUGCUCCUCUCAUCCAGCCCAGAGGGGAGGCCUUCGGACUGGGAGGGCGGUCUUGGGAAAUCCCUGUCGGCUCAUAACCUCAGCCAGCCUGUGACCAACCGUGCCCCCGGUCUGUCCUCUGCGCUCAACAACAGCAGCAGCAGCAACGGUAGCGACCGUGGAAACGCCCACGGUCACCUGGGCAACUGGGACGGAACAGAACUCUUCAUUAGCGAGCCGACGGCAGAACAUUUCAACUUCUUGUCCCCAGGACCCAGCAGCAGCCCCUCGGACCUUCUACAGACUGUGGAGGAGGCCGUGCUGCACCCGAAGGGAAACUCAGAGUUCCUCAGCCAGUCCUCACACAUCCAGCUGGCAUAACCACACACACCCAUCCACACACUGUAUGUACACACCACGGUGGGAGAAGCCACUUUUUAACGUAUUUCUACCAGGCACCGCACGGAUUAUGUUGCAAAUUUUACAAUUAGAACAACUUUGUAUAUGGACAAACACUGUUUUGAUAUUUUGUCUAACAUGAGUACGUUCAUUUGCAUUUUAUUACACGAUAUAUGAAAUGACUGCAGCCUACAGAGCAAAAGAAUGUAUAGAAACUAGCAUGCAAGUGGCCAUAUUCAUGUAAGACAAAAUAUACAACACACAAAGAAGGAGAAAAGGUAAUUUUAUUGACUUUAUACACAAAGGGUUACGCUUUUCAGAUUCAGUAAUAUAAAGUGCAAAAAAAAAGCAGGUUGAUUGAAAAAGAGCUUUAUUUGAAAUGAAGAAGAAUAAAGAAAUGCUGAAUCAGUUUCUGAGCCUGCAGUCGGACUCCUGUGUAGUGUAAAUGCAAAUUAAAUCAACUUUCUUUUCAAAAUAAAUUACAGAAAAAGAGCAUUUCCACUGAGUCUGGACUCAAACCAAAGAACCGAAUUUGGACUGGAGUCCAACUUCUCACAGCAGAAAUGACAGGAAACCAGAAAAAAUUGUGCAUUUUUUUCCAUAACUGCGACUAGUUGCGAUUUCUGAAAGUCAAAGCAUUGAAAAACCUCAUCGAGCCCGCUGCAAAUCAACUUCUUUGUGCUACAACACACAAAGAAACACACAUACAAGCAUCAACCACCACUACAAAAAGCCAACUUAGCAACGAGCUGAGACGUUCUAAAGACUUAUUUUUCAUACAAUUGCUUGCAUUCAGAGACUUUCUUGGAAGAAGAGGAGAGUCACUCAGUUCCACUUAUUCAGUGUCUUUCUUUGGCAACGUAAAAUGUCAUCUUUUCACUCAUGCUGUCAUACACAUCACUGCAUGGACGGUAGGAUGAUAACUGGGCGAGGUCAAACCCUCAGCAUGUUUUCAGACCACAGACGUGUCAUUCUGUUCAUUUCACUGCAGAAGUGCUAGUUUAGGCUGACACGGUUGCUUAAUCUGUCAGCAACGCAGGAAAAAACGUCCCAUCAGCAGUCCCUUUACCACCCCCUGCUCGGUUCUGGACGGCAGCCUGGCCAGUUGGGUGUCUGAAUGCUGAAUCGCCGUAUUAAGGGGGCUUCCUCUGCCGAGCAUGAGAAGCUGCAUGUCAAAGCGGUGGAGAACAGCCGGCCUGGAUGAUCUAAUGCAUGUUUAAAAAAAACGUCGCCUCCAAACCUUUAAUGAAGCGGUACGAACAAAAUCUGCCUAUAUGAAGAUUAUUAUAUUAUUCUAAUUUGAACUAAAUUGAUAGUAGUUGAAACCUUUAUGGCCAGUUAUAUGGACAGCCCACUUAAUAUUAAAUUUUCUAACAAGCAUACAUCAUUUCAUGUUACUGUUUAGGAUUUUUUUUUUGACAAACCCUUUCUUUUUCAUGCACCAUGUGUAUCAGAGUUUAUUGCAGGCUGCUGGACGGGCAUCAUUCCCUCCACCUGGUCUGGAACAGCAACAAUUAAGCAAAAUGUGCCAUCAGCAGAUACCAUUUAUACCAUAUUCACCUGCGGAGACCAUAAUAAUCCUAUACUGCACAUGCACUGUUGUUGAUCCAGUAUGCAUGUCUUUACUUUAACCACAUAUGCUGAAAAGGUCAGCGUUUAACCCUCCUGUUGAAAAUACUGUUUUCUUGUCUGAAAAAAAUCCAAAAAUUCAGCAAAAAAAUUCCCCAAAUUUCUGAAAAUUUGUAAAACCUUCAGAAAGAAAACUCAAAUAAGUCCUUAAAAUUCUAUUUUUUAAAAAAUCUCCCAAAUUUGAUCAGAAAAUUCUUGUAAAUAUUUUCGAAAAAUGAGUAAAAAAAAAAUUCUUUAAAACAUUCACACAAAAAAUCAACCAAAAUCCAGCAAAAUUUGCUGGAUUUUGGUUGAUUUUUUUUAUGAAUGUUCUUAAGAAGCAUUUUCAACAUUUUUUUCCCACUGAAAAAUGUUCAAAAAUUUCUUAAAAAUGUGGACAUCAGAAGUUUCACUGUGGAAAAUAUGUUUUUUUUUUUCACAUUUUCAAACUUUAAAACGGGUCAAUUUUAGCCCACAGGACAACAUGAGGGUUAAUAUAUUCACAUCGUAAAAUACAAGAAAAUAAUCUCAAUACAGUCCUCACUACUUCUGCAUUUUCGGCCGGAAACAAAUAAAAAUAUCAUGUGAGAUUUGAUUACAUGUGGCCCCCUUUACUUUUUCUGCAGCCUUGCAAAAGGGUCAUUUAUAAUUUACCAGGAUUUUGAAUGUUCAUGCACGUCCUUUUCAUUCAAUUCAAUACAUAACCACAUUAAAUAUAGUUUUGUCCAUUUUCAAACUAGGCUGAUUUUUUUUGUUUUGUUUUGACAGAUAUUGCAAUUUGAUCUGCAAUUAAAGUCAGGCUUCAGUUUGGUUUUCACUGUGAGACUAUUUGAAAAGCUGAUGGGGCAUUAGAGCACGAGAUACCACCAGAAGCAUGACUCUCAUACAUGUAAAACCUCUGACAGGCCAGUUUAAAUGCCGAGUCGCACUUGUAUGUCCUAAAUUGCGAUCUUUCUGAUGUGCUAAAUGCAUUGUUUCAAAUUCUGAUUAAAUGUUCGGCGCCAAUUCAAAUGUUUCCACUGACAGGUUUAUUGAAAAGUGUUUGUGCUGCAAGCGUCUUAACUGCCAUUGUCUCCAUUGCUUUCCUGCUCGUAGAUGGCGACCGCUCUUAAAUGAGAAUUAUGCACAAAACCACGUCAGCCAUCUUAAUUUUUGUCAGCCGUUUGUUUUGUUAUGCAGUCGCAGCAGUCUUAAAAAAUGUAUCCUAAUGUGCUAAUGACGUCCCUUAUUCGUCUCUACUGUUUUCACUUAUACUCCCCGGUGAAUAAGGCUUAGCAAAUUAACAUUCUGUAGGUGAUUCUAACAAAUAUUAUCCUCUAACAAAUGACAGCUGUUAACACUUGUAGAUGGAUUUAAAAUAAAUAUUCUUUAGCCCGUGCAGGCGUAGUUCUGCUAUGAUGAAAUGUAUUAUCGUCAUGAAAGCACAGCGGUUUCUGGUGAGCUGAGGAGCCUGAAAAUGUGACACGGUAGUUUAAUGCUUAAUAUUGGAAUAGAUUUGUUGUAGUUCUUGAGUUUUGCUAAAUAUCAAAAGAGGCCAACCAAAACUGUCCGGUACUUUGGAGCACGACAUCAAACACAUACUGAACGAACUUAAAAGCCCACAAACUCCCAGCCAGUUGGGCAAGGAGAUGGAUUAUUGCCCCAUAGAACAUGCUCAUUAUUGCAAUCUGUAAAUUGCUUAAGGGUGCCUUUCUUGCAUAUGAAAAGCCUUUUGUUUUUUUCUUUCACAGAGCUAUAAAGGCCUCAUUUGCCUACAGCCUAUAACAUACUGUAUAGUUGAAGUAAAACUGCUCAUUUUGAUUUGAGCAUCCGGUUCAUUUAGGUCAUGUAGCUUUAGCCACAGACUUUAUAAUGGCUUUGAUGGCUAAUAAUACCAUUUCUCUACUGCUUGAACAGUAAUUUAUUACACAACUGGCCUUAAAGCUUGAUAAUGUUAACAUUAUUAUUACUUUGGAAUUAAUUUAUUAAAGUGCACAUUAUGUUCUCUGGAUGAGAAAUGUAAAAAUAAUUUUAUUAUUCAUUAAUAAAGUAUGAAUUAACUAAACUGU